UUCUCUAAACACACAUAAAAUCUCCUUUCUCUACUCAUCCUUUUAUCUCCUAUUCCUUCUCUUUCUCUUUUCUCUCUUUCAUGUACAACCCUAGCUCUUUGUAAACCCUAAUUCUUCCUUCUCCAUCCAAUAAGAUGCCCAAUCCCAACAAGUUGAAACAACGAUUUCUCGAAAAAUGGCGGGUGGAUUUGAAGACCUAUACUGCUUCAAACACAACCAUGGACGUCUCAGAGAGAAAGAAAGCGAUAAAGAUGUCUGCGGACUUGGCCAUGGCUUCUGCGAGGAACGGCACGACCAUUUGGAGUCGAGCCAUCAUUGCCAAAUCCAUGAAAGACAGAGUUCCAGCUGAGAUCGUUCUCAGUCACCCUGUUCACGGGGUGAAGCUUUCGAAGCUCGGGAGGAAGAAGACAACGAUGGUGCAAACGAAGGGUCGUCGUAGGGUGGGUCGAAGAGCAACAAGGAGAAGUAACUUCUUCCCGCCAUCGAAGGCUUUCGCGAGAUUGGUUGCAAAGAGAUUGGUUGAGAAGAGAAGGAAAGUUUUGAGGAGUUUGGUUCCUGGGGGAGAGUUUAUGGAGGAUGAAGUUUUGUUGAUUGAAGAAACCCUAGAUUACAUAUCCUUUCUCCGAGCUCAGGUUGACGGAAUGCGAUUUCUUGCUAGUUGCAAACGAGAAAUUUCAAGAUUCAUAAUUUGCUUUACAAAUAUAUUUUUUAAUUUCUUUUCUUUUCUUUCUCUUUUGGAAAAGCUUGUUUGAUUAGGGGAGAAAUAUAUUCACUGAUGCAAUAUUGUACAGGUGAAAAAUAUAUACUUUUAAGUGAAUUGAAGUUUUCAUUUUUUCUUUUCAAAUUAUUGGUCCAUCUUUAAUGUUGAUCUCUUGCAAUGAUUAAGCUCAAAAGGACAAGCAGAAAGACCCAUUUUGUGAA